CUCCUCCUGAUAGGGAAGUGACGCGAUUGUCAACAACAAGCGGUUUGCUAGCGCCUGCUGGAAAACUAAAAACUUAAUCGAUACCUAUAAAGGCCGAUCACUGGAAGCUUGUUCAAAUCACCCGUAGCUACGAUACACACCGUUUCCCUGAGCGCAGAGGGUGAUGUUUGGAGGUGGGCGAUUAGUGGAGUGAUGAGCGGAGUGAGCCGACACUGUGGCUGAGCAGAAGCGGAGGAGUCCGAAUGGAGUCCGGGGUCAGAUGAGUCGGGCGGACAGACAGUGGGGGCUGGAGCCGAGCUGUUUCAGCUAACUAACCAACAGUUAAGCUGACUCAGUAGCAUGUACUGAAUGUAGCAGUCAUUGUGAAAUGUCAAAAUUUAACGAGCUGUAGUAUUACAUCCCAAGUCAAAGCCGAACCGUGUCUUAAAAAUUUAAUGGGCCAACCAGUAUUCUUUACUGGCUACCGCUACUGCUGCUAGCCUAACCUAGCCAGCUCGUGUUUAAUACCGCGUCGUAUUAACUUACCUUGCCUAAUGUAAUGUUACGGUGUAUAUGAAAGACUGAAUAGAGUAUUUAAGUGGCUGGAAAGACAUUUAGGGACAUACAUGUAUCUGACUUGAGGCAGAAAAGUCUGCCGUUUUAGUCUGAGUUACGGUGUAGCUUCCGUAGCUAAAGUUAAUUAGCUUCGCUGGUGAAACUUGUCAAUGCUUUUAUGUUGCGGAAUUUUGCGAGACGUGUUUAGGCAUACAGGUUACUCUGCUUUAUUAACAUUCAGAAACAGUUAAGCAUUUUCGUUGAGAGGAAAAUCUUUAUUUGUAAAACUAGGAUAGCAUUGUCAGUUUUGACAAGUUGGGUAGCUUAGCCAUCUAGCUAACUAGCUAGCUACCUCUGUUGAACUCUUUGUUGGUCCCAGUCGCUUAUAAUGAAAAACUGCGAAUAUCAGCAAAUCGACCCCCGAACUCUCGGAACACCAGCCUCAACGCCCAGUUCCACUCUGCCAUGUGCGAAGAAAAGCUCUCAUCGUCCGCGACGAAAAUGGGAAGUUUUCCCAGGCAGAAAUCGUUUCUACUGUGAUGGACGCAUCAUCGUUGCCCGGCAGUGCGGUGUGCUGCCUCUGACACUCGGCCUUAUUCUCUUCACCAGUGGCUUAUUCUUCGUGUUUGAUUGCCCCUUUCUGGUGGCUCACCUCACCGUCUGCAUCCCGGUGAUUGCCGGUGUGCUGUUUUUGUUUGUGGUCAUCAAUCUUCUUCAGACCAGUUUUACAGACCCAGGGAUCUUACCAAGGGCUUUACCAGAAGAGGCUGCUGACAUAGAGCGUCAAAUCGAUAACUCCGGAUCAGGCACAUACCGGCCACCACCACGGACUAAGGAAAUCCUUAUUAACGGACAAGUGGUCAAACUCAAAUAUUGCUUCACGUGCAAGAUGUUCCGCCCACCACGCACUUCUCACUGUAGUCUUUGUGACAACUGUGUAGAGCGUUUUGACCACCACUGCCCAUGGGUGGGGAAUUGUGUUGGGAAGCGCAACUAUCGCUUUUUCUAUACUUUUAUAGUCUCAUUAUCCUUUCUCACCUCCUUCAUUUUUGGAUGUGUGAUAACACAUCUCACUUUACGAUCACAAGGUGGAAGAGGUUUUAUUCAAGCCUUACAGGAGAGCCCAGCCAGUGUUGUCGAGCUGGUUGUUUGUUUCUUCUCCAUCUGGUCUAUUCUGGGCCUCUCUGGCUUCCAUACAUACUUGGUAGCCUCCAACCUCACAACCAAUGAAGAUAUAAAAGGCUCUUGGUCAAGUAAAAGGGGAGCAGAAGAUUCAGGGAACCCUUACACCUACAACAGUAUCUUCACUAACUGUUGUGUGGUGCUGUGUGGACCUAUGGCUCCCAGUUUGAUUGACAGAAGAGGCUUUUUACCUCCGGAUGUGAUCCCUCAAACUGUCAACUCUGAUACUGAUCUUCAUCCUUUCAUGUCCAAGAAUGACACCAACAUGUGCACACAGGGAACUAAGGAACUUCUGGAGUCAGUUGCUCACUCUUCACUGAUCCGGGGCACCUGCACCCCAGCAGCACCUAAGACUGCCCCGGUGACCCAGGAGAGUCUCCUCAGUACUGUCUCCAGCACUCUGUCAGCAUCUAGUAGGCCUCCGCCUACUGGCUGCUCAGGAAGACAGGCUCGCCGCCCCAUGGACAAGUCAUGCCCUCAGAGAGGGAGCAAACGGGCCUCCCUCCCCACACAUAAAGCCAGCUUCCGUCUGCCCAGUCCACCAUACUCAUUCAGCCAAAGCCCUCUCAUUCUCAGUGAUGCUCCUGACAUUGGCUUUAUCUCACUGACUUGAGGAUAACUAAACCACCCCUGGCAGACAUGGCACAGUUCAUUCACAUGUACUGUUACCGGGUGGCUAAGAAGAAAGCUUUUUUUCUUUUCUUUUUUUUUUUUAUAAAACUCAGGAUUUUCUCAGGAGACAUGCCGUUUUGGAAUACUAGAGAAUAACCUCUUGACUUAUUACUUUUAAUGAACAAUUUUGUGAAACGGCAAACAGAUCUGAGGAACAAGUACAACUGCCUCUUUCAUCUGCUUAAACUGAGUAAAGAGAAGCACAAUACAUGUUUCAUGACAAAUGAUGUUUCCUGCUUUGUUCACAGUGAUCACAGCUAGGGUAUCAAAAAGGUAUCAAAAUACAAUACUUUUAUGACAGAAUUACUAAAAUAUUGUAUCAAAGUAUUCUUUGUCAUUCAGUACUGAAUUUCAGUACCUAAGUAGUCUUAUUAUCAUUAGUAGUACUAUUAAUGGAAGCACUUGAUUAGUCUGUGAUUGAUUACUGUCAGUAAAUAUACCCACAUCACAAUAAUUUGUACUUUACGCCACAUCCACUUUCAUUGUAAUUUGAAAGAAUGUACUGAAAAAGUAUCGUUUAGGAAUCAAUGUCAAAAUUACGGUAUCUGAAUUGAUGCCUAUAGCGAAAAUAUUUUUAUGAUACCCAGCCCUAACCAACAUUUGGUGUUCCACUAAGCCUUGAGCCAUGUUAAAGCCUUUGUCCAUUUGCUUGCAAUCAUAGCAAUAAUUUUGAUUUAAAGACCGGACUUUGAUUAGGGAAGUCUUACUUCACAUGUACAGCCAUACGACAGACAUCUGCCAUGUAACCAUUUGGGGGUAAAGGGUCAGGGGUGAAUAUGACACGGUGAAAGAGAUUAUGGACUUUGUUUUUGAGUUUGUAAAUGAAUGGUCAAGUUUAGGAUAUGAUGAUGAUGAUUGUGUAUGUUUAUUAGGAGUAUUAAAGUGUAUUUGCUAGUCAGGAAUAUCAUCACUGGACCUCCUUUAAGAUUUUAUGUCAAGGGCAGUGGUCCUCAAACUUUAAUUUCAGAGUUAAAAUGAUUUACACAAGCAAAUAUGAACCUCAGUGUACUUGCUUGAUUAGAGAGGUGUACUUAGUUAGAUGAAAAGCUUUGUGGGAUGUGGUUGAGCUGAACAAGAGUGAUCUUCAGCUUGCAGACCAACACUCAAGCUGCAGAACUUUACUAAUGUGGACUAUUUGUUUUACAGAUCAAAACAAUGGUCCUUAUUCACCAACUGUUCUUAAGGAGAAAUUAUGCAGUUUUACAUGAACAUUUUGACAUUCACCAGUGUUUGCUUUGGAUUUGUUCUUAGGUACGAACAGAAUCUACACACACUUGAGAACAAAGGAGCGAACAUUUCUGCAGUUUAAGAACACAUCAUGAGUCUGACGACUUUUUCUUAGAACCUUUUUCAAGAACAGAACAAGAUAUUGGUGAAUGAGGCCUAUUGUUUUUUAAUAUACAUUUAUGUAUGUGUUGUUUAUCUUUAAGCUUGUUGACCCAAGUUUGAGAACCACUGUCUAGAUAACUUUUAUGUGAACUAGAAAGAUUCUUGUAUUUUUUGUAUGUCUAGAGUGGUCAGUAAUUAUUAGAGUUUACUGACAAGAAGUGUUACAUUCAGACAUUAAGCUAGUUUGUUUAACUUUUUUAAAAAUAUGAUAAGCUGGUGACUUACAGGGGGUAUAUAGAGUCAUGGUAUAUAACACAAGGUAAUAUAUGGAUAUAAGUUGAGUUAAGCUGACUUGUCCUUAAAACAGAUUCAGAUGAUGAAUAUUCAGGGGAAGCUAUAUGGGUUCACUGCUUUAUUUGGAUUUCUGUUAUAAUCAGUGAGAAUGUCAUGUAGUUAUUGCUUUUUCAUGUUGGUUGUAGGGGUUCAAAUAGCCCCUUUUAUGUGUUAUUUUCAUUACUUUAUCCAUUAACUGUACGUCUGAGUGACUGUAUAGCAUAGCUAAGCUUUAGGUUCUAUGUUGCAGUUAUUUAUUUUUUUAACCAUAUGCUUACACAAGGACACAACAAAGUGUUGUACGUUGACCUACACCUUUAAUUGAAAGUAAAUUCAACACUGCCAACAUCAUAUAUUUUACAUUUGAAACAGUAUUGAGAAGCUCUUGUUUGCCUUAUUUUGAUAUACGUGAAAAAGGUGAACAUGGUGAAUUUGUGUUCUGUAGGCAAGUGUACACUGUCUGUUCUAUAUAACAUGUUCACAAGAUGUCGUAUUCUCAUAAAGAAAUUUCUAUGCAUUCACUGUGCCCUAUGGUGGGUAAAA